ACGACCCCUGUAAAUAAAUCAUUGACUGGAGAAGAGAGAAAAAAGGCAGAAAAGCCAAGUUUAGAAGCAAAUUUUCAUAGCUCGGUUUCGAAAGUGGAAAGGAUUUUUUUCUCGAUUGGUGUUUAGUUUACUGUGGUGUAGUGGUGCCGUAUAAAGCUCGUCGAAACCAUGAUUCAUAAUCGACGGAUGUCCUAGUUAGUGCUGCUACGUUUCUGGUGCAGUGUGUUGCAAGAAAUCGUAAACAAAGGAUUUCCUACGCUGGCCAAUGCCACUGGUGGCAGUCCAGAUCAGCAGCAUCUUGCCUGAAAAAGCCAGCUCCUAGUGUCAGCUAACUGGAGCAUUAUCUAUCCCUUAUAAGGGUACGCAAGCGAGGCUGAAGGACAACGACACAGCACAACAAAAUGCCCCCGUAUCGCUAUCCUACUAACAACUUUACGUACGUGAGUUCCUGCGUAAAGUAUAUGAUAUUUCUGCUCAACUUCAUAUUCUGGCUGUUUGGUGGACUGCUGAUCGGUAUCGGAUUUUACGCAUUCGUCGACAAAUGGCAGGCAACGGGACUGAUAAAGCUGGAAACGUUCUACGACAUCGUACUGAACCUGUCGCUAGUGAUGAUCAUCGCAGGAGGCAUCGUGUUUGUGGUUAGCCUAGCUGGUUGCCUCGGUGCACUGCGGGAAAACACCUGCCUGCUAAAGUUCUACUCACUUUGCCUGCUGAUCUUUUUCCUUUGCGAAAUGGCCAUUGCCAUCACGGCGUUCGUGUUUCCCCACAAGGUAAACGCGGUGCUGGAGGAAUCGUUUACGGACAAAAUCAUUACCACCUAUCGGGAUGAUCCGGACCUGCAGAAUCUCAUCGACUUUGCCCAGCAAGAGUUCCACUGCUGUGGGCUGAGCAACGAAGGCUACCUGGACUGGGGAAAGAACGAAUACUUCAACUGCUCUUCGCCGAGUGUGGAAAAGUGCGGUGUACCGUACAGCUGCUGCAUCAACGCGACGGACAUUUCUUCCGGGCUGGUUAACAUAAUGUGCGGCUACCACAUCCAGCAGCAAUCGGUGGCCGCAGCUAGUAAAAAGAUCUGGACCAACGGUUGCAUCGAAAUAGUGCGCGUGUGGGCCGAACGAAACCUUUACGUGAUUGCGGGCAUAGCGCUCGGGGCCGCCAUCAGUCAGCUUUUCAUCAUCUAUCUGGCUAAAACGCUCGAAGGACAGAUAGACCUGCAGAAGAGUAGCUGGUCAUAGUGAAUUUACGUAGGGUGGGGAGGUGGUGGCCGACCAGUAUGAUCAACGCGAGCGCAGAAACGGACGGACGGACGCGGGAACCAAAAGAUGGAGAAAAAAACACAGAAAAGAGACGAAAAAUUUGCGAAGCACAAUGGCGUGUUUUGUCGUACAGAUCUGCGCAAUGAUCGGGACAGCUACACACACAUUAUUUCCUUCAUCGUUCGCAGCAUUCAGCAUAAACCGCAGAGGGUGGUGGGUGAGUAGCAAUGUGCAACCACCGCGCUCUGCAUUGCGCUAUAAAGAUGUGUCCGCUUUCCAUUUCCUCCUACCCUACCAACUAGCGCACCCUAACGUGCUACGAGAGAUCAUUGGAUGAGGUUCAUAGUUUACGCAAAGCUCAGUGCGCUUCGGUUAAGCAAUUAGCCUGACACGUAAAGACACGCGCGCAAACUUCAGUGUUGUGAACAAACACACACUGCUAGCUAAUUGAAUUGUUUGUCUGUUUUUUUUCCUGCUACAGAUGCACUUUUGUUUGUGAGAUUUAUCGAAGGAAACGAUUCCAACUUUUAUCAGUAGGCGACCAUAAUCACUUUUUUUCCUUUUAAUUUAUAAGCAUCUGUUUCAUGCUCGCAGAUUCUCGGUUUUCAAAUCAAUCAUCAAAAUCAUCCCCUAUCACUCACUAGUUCUAAAUGUUCAUUCCAUCGGAAAAUAGGAUGGAGCGUUGUAGCGGUGCAAGAUUCCAAUGACAUCGAUCGAUUUUUCUGCACAAGAACGACUGAUAUGCACAAGAGCAAACUGGAUGAUGAUGUUAAGGCAAGGGACAAGAACAUAACUAUAUAUUUACGUGUAAACUAGACUGUUCAUCCUUGAAUCGUUUGCAAUCCCUUUAGACAUUGCUACCCAGAGAUAGCAAACAAAAAAAAAGAAAAAAGAAAAAAAGUACUGGCGUAUCUCAUUUACAAUCUCAAAUGCUCGGUGGCUGAGUAGCAGAAUAUCAAAUUUAACUUUUAACAAGCGGAAACGCGUACGCAUUUCGUUUGCGUUUCUUCCUGAUGUGUAGCGACAUAGAUAACGUGUGACAAAACUAUUCCAACUUCCGUGCAAGCCAGCAGCAGUGACUCAUGCAUAGGGCCCCUCGCUGGCUGACACACUAUUGAUUCCAUGUUUUAAAAUGCACGCGACACGAGGUAGAGUCAAUGAGGAAUGAUGAGUUCGAGCAGAGUGGAGGUUCAAAAUCGGAAACGUAACGACUGUGCUGACUUUAAAAUACUGUAAGCCAAUUCUAUGUCAUAUAUUUGUAAAGCUCAAUAGAAUUGUAUUAAAUAGGUAUUUGAGAAAGAAUAAAGGAAAUAUAAACCGUGUCAUACAGCAUAAA